AUGUCUCCGGGCUGGAGACUGUGGCACUGUGACCGCUCUACACCCCAGGAGUCUUCUGCUGAACCAUCACUUGCGGCCCGGCUUCGGGGACUCCAACAUGUGCACGUCUAUAGCUACAGCCUUCAGCUCUCCACAGUUCUCAGCUCUGGCGAUGUGCUGUUCGCGGCCUACGUCAGAGAGUCUGCUGUAGCCUGGCCCUCCCUACUUUUCCACUCCGACCUCUGCACCCCGCUCCAAACAACAUCAUGGCCACACCUCGCCACACCUCGCCACACCUCCACCACCAACAACGACACCCUCACCUUCGAUAUCGCACCCAGAACCAGGGUGCUUUGGAGCCACCCCAGUGCCGCACAACCGUCUCCUCCUCCUCCUUGCCACCGCGCGAACGUCUCCCGGGCGUUCACCUGCUCCACGAGCUGUCGCCGACCGACCCAGCUUGGAGGCCCCUACCACCCUCAGCCGCCCACAGCCGCAGAGCCUCGAGCCCUCAAGCCAGCUGCAAGACGACAUGAGCCCAGCAGCCUCCGGAUACAGUCCAAGUUCCCCGCCGACGUACUCCUCGAGUCCCCCCGAACGCUCGCAUCGACCCACGCAAGCGCCAUAAGGGACCUACUUCUCACAUAUGUCUCCUCCUGCCCAGGGAAAGAUCUAUCGCACAGAGAACCUGUGCCGCAAAUCCUCCUUCACGCUCGCCGCAACUCUUCCGGGCCCCGCCCUGUACCCGCUCUUCUCGCACGCCAGCAGGUCAGCUCUCUAAUCUGCCAUGCUUCCCGCGGCGAACUUCGUCGCACAAGCUCCGGCUGUGUCACGUCCGGUGAGGGCACGGUCGACCUACACAUCGCGCUGGAACAAGGAAACAAACCUCGUGAGCUCUGUCGUGAAUCAACCCGAUUUGGAGGGUUCUCCUACACAGCCAACCUACACGCUUUGCUGUGGAACAAGGAUACGAGCUUUGCGAGCUCUGUCGUGGAUCAACCCGACUUGGAGGAAGCUCCUACACGGCCAACCUGGACACUUCACGCUGGAACAAGGAAGCAAACCUCGUGA